UCCCAUCCUUCUACCCUACUUGCUGGGCGGCCCGGGCGGUGGCUGCGGCACACUAGGAGGAGUAAGCUGUGGUUUGAAAUCGUUUGGCGGCGGCAGGCGGCGGCUGUGGCCGCGGGAAGCUGACAGGACGGCUGAUCGUAGGGGCGCCAGACUCCUUGAUUGGAAAUGGCAAGAGAAGAAGAAAAAUGGGAGAGCUUGGAUGCAGAAUUUGAUCACUACGUGGUAGAUAUGAAGCCUUUUGUUCUAAAAUUACCUCAUCAUUCAGAGCGACAAAGGUGUGCACUUUGGAUUAGAAAACUCUGUGAACCUUCAGGAGCAGGCACAGGAAUAAUGGGUAGGAAGAAUCGGAACUUGUAUGCAAAACUGUUGGUACAUAUGCUUAAACGAGGAGUUUUAGAAGGUCCUUUUACAUACCGACCUGAACCAGGAACAUUGAAAACUUUACCAUCUUACAUGUCCAUCUAUUUGGAUGAACCAAAUUUAGCAAGAGCAAAAUGUUCAAAUUCAGAGGGAUUACCAGACUGGGUAAAGAGUGAAUUAAGGACAAGUGAACACAGACUGAGUAAUUCAUGGAGACUUUCAUCUGAUGAAGAGAGUAUAUUUAUGCAACCACCACCAACUGGACACAGCAGUAAACAACGAUCUACUGGGGAGCUACGAAUGAGAUCACAUUCUGUGAGUCCAAUUCACCGAUCAGAGGAGGAAAAUCUUGGCACACAUAUUGCUAGAGAUUACUUCAAGAAAUCUUCAAUAUCUAUGGAUGACAGUGAACUUGAAGCUCGUCUUAAUAGUUGGAAUCUUGGGAUCGAAAAUCCAAGAUAUCUACGAGAGAAGCCCAUUCCAGUAUCUUUGCAGAUGACUGCUAAAUCAAAUCUAGGGAAGGCCAGUAGUUUCCAUGAUGAACAGUUACUCCUUCUUAUACAUGAAAAAGAGUUGGAGAUGAAAACAAAAAUUUUGGAAGGUAAAUUUCAUGAGGAGAAGCUUAAAUUACAACAGAAACAUGAUGCUGAUGUCCAGAAGAUUUUAGAAAGAAAGAACAACGAGACAGAAGAAUUGAAAACUUUAUAUAAAACAAAGCAAAAUGAAGCUGAUGAUACUAUUAAAAAGCUUGAGAGAAAAGUCCAGACUCUUAUUCGUGACUCCCAAGUGAUUAGAGAGACUAAAGAAAAUCAGAUUACAGAGUUAAAAAAAUUAUGUGAACAAAGCACAGAAUCCUUGAUCAAUGAUUGGGAGAAAAAGCUUCAUAAUGUGGUUGCAGAGAUGGAGAGAGAAAAAUUUGAGCUCCAAAAGAGACAUACAGAAAAUAUCCAAGAACUGCUUGAAGACACAAAUAUACGUCUUUGUAAAAUGGAGGAAGAAUACAUGGCACAAACAAAGGCUACGAACCAAAUGGUAAAAGAGUUGGAGGCACGUGUCCAGCAACUGAGUGGAGAAGCUGAAAAUAGCAAUUUACAGUGGCAAAAAUUAAGUCAGGAAAAAACGGAAUUGGAAAAAACCUACCAGAUGACAUGCUGUGAGCUGCAAGAAGCUAAAGCAAGGAACAACUCACUUAAUAAAGAAAAGGAUGAAAUCACAGCAGAUUAUGAACAAAACAUAAAACUAUUACAAACCAAAUAUGAUUCAGAUAUUCAGAUUAUGAAAGAAGAGCAUGCUGUGUCUUCUGCUAAGGCAACUGAGUUGACUGAGAAGUUGGAAGAUGAUAUAUGUCAAUUAAAACAACAGCUACAAAAAUCAGAACAUCAAAGACAACAGCAGCUAAGGGAGCAAGAAAAUAUAUUCCAGCAGGAGAAAUUUCAAUUAGAUCUCAAUUAUGAAAAAAAGGUUCUUGGCUUCCAGAAUGAAUUUGAAAAGGAGAAAGGAGAUUUUCAAAAGAAAAUUCGUAAAUUGGAGGAGGUUUUCAGGGAGAAGGAGGAACAGCUGAAUCGGGUGACUGAGAUACAGAGGCUCCAGGCCCAGCAGGCAGAUGCUGCCCUAGAGGAAUUUAAGCGGCAGGUUGAGCUGAACUCAGAGAAAGUCUAUGCUGAAAUGAAACAACAGAUGGAAAAAGUGGAGGCAGAUCUAACUAGAUCCAAAUCUCUUCGUGAGAAACAAUCUAAAGAGUUUUUAUGGCAGUUAGAAGAUGCCAAGAAAAGACAUGAACAGCAGAUAGUAGAGCUGAAACGGGAGCAUGAACAGGAGAAGACGCACCUAUUCCAGCAGCAUAAUACAGAGAAGGAUUGCCUAGUCCGAGAUCAUGAACGGGAAAUUGAGAAACUGGAAAAAGAGCUCCGCGCUGCCAAUAUGGAGCAUGAAAAUAAAAUUCAAGAGUUCAAGAAACGAGAUGCACAGGUUAUCUCUGAUAUGGAGGCCCAAGUUCACAAGUUGAGAGAAGAACUGAUUCAAGUAAAUUCUCAAAGGAAACAACAGCUUGUAGAGCUUGGACUUCUUCAUGAAGAGGAAAAGCAGCGAACAGCUAGAGACCAUGAGACUAUUGUCAACAAAUUGAAGGCUGACUCAGAAAAGAUGAAGUUAGAAAUGAAAAUGACAUAUGCAGCUGAAACAGAGUUAACACUGGAAAAGGUCAAAGAUUAUAAACAAGUUAGGACAUCGUUCCAAACUGCUUUCCAGAAGUCAGAGCUCCCCCAACAACACAUAAAUGCCAAUAGCAGGUUGAAGCAUAUUGAGAAGGAAUACAGUCAGAAAUUUGCUAAAUCCUCACAGAUUAAACCUUUAACUGUGCUGCCAUUUGAAAUAUGCAAUUGGAUCAUAACUGAACUUCAGACAACGAUUUCCUCUCUGAAGGAAGAGAGCAGCCGCCAACACCUGGCAGCUGAAAGGCGCCUCCAGGAAGUGAUGAAGAAGUUUGAAGAGGAAAAGAAGCAGAUGAUUAGAGAUAAUGACAGAACAAUCAAGGCUUUACAAGAUGAGCUGGAAAACCAAAGCAUUGAGAUACGCUCCACAGAGAAAAAACUGCAACAUCGGGAGAUGGAAUCCCAGGAGCAGCUAACCUAUAUACGGCAAGAAUAUGAAACAAAACUCAAAGGUUUGAUGCCAGCAUCUCUAAGACAAGAGCUUGAAGACACCAUUUCCUCUUUAAAAUCCCAGGUUAACUUUCUGCAAAAGAGGGCAUCCAUCCUUCAAGAGGAAUUGUCAGCAUACCAAAGCAGAAGGUAAUUGAAAGAGAAAAUACAAUUGCAGCAGCAGCUCGGUUCUCCUAAUGGACUUCUUUCAACAGGUUUGAAGAUUUGGAUACUGUAAAAUUAAGCUGUGAGAUUAGUGAAUAAUUUUAUUAGUUAAAAAUGUACCUAAGAUCAUAAAAUGGCAUUUCAUCAUUCA